UUCAACUCAAGCCACGGUCAUAGUUUUAUCAGUAGUGUACAAUAACAAUAGAAAUGACCAAGAUUUCGAAGUUACUGCAAUAUUCCGAAAGUGAAAAACGUGCAAUUCUCAAACAUUACAAUAUUUCGGAAAAAGAAUUUGAGGAGUUGGUGGAACAAGUGAGAGAAUGGUUCACCAAAUCUUCGUUACCACAAGAACAUUUCAACAAUGAUGCCAUUAAAUCAUCACUAUUGAAUUGUAAAAUGAGCUUGGAGAAAUCCAAGAAAACAAUACAAGGCUAUUUUACAGUGAGAACCCUUAAGUCAGAGUUCUUCAACCGCUUCCUACCGAAUACCGAGGGAUAUGAAGAAUCGAAAACACUAACGAAAGUCGCUGUUAUGCCACGACUAUCCCCAGACCUCUGUAGGAUAACAGUAUUCAGAAUGGACGAUCCAGGCGGAAAGGCUAGUGAUGGUCUAUUAUAUGCAAUAGCGGCAAUCAUGCAAGUGGAACUGAGAAUUCGAAACAAAGAAUUUUUCUGUUCGAAUAUUCUUAUUAUAGACCUUCAAGGUUUCCACCUGCAUAAUUUGAUGAAAUUCACUCCUACUGUUACCAAAACAUUGGUUGAUCUAAUGCUCGCUAUCAACUUGAGACUGAAAAAUAUUCAUUUGGUGAACUUGCCGCCUUUUUUGGAUAAAAUUAUGAUCAUGCUGAAAAUGAUUCUGCCUUCAAAAUUCUUCGAAAAGGUCCGUUCUCAUACAGAUUUUGAAUCCCUAUAUGAUUUCAUCCCAAAAGAGUAUCUUCCAUCAAACUAUGGAGGUGACCAAGCUUCCAUCGAGCAGCUGCAUGAGGACUGGUGCCAGGAGGUAGAGAAAAAUGAGGAUGAAUUCAAAAAACUUCUUGGUGCUAAAUGCCAGAUUCUUGAAGAAAAUGAUAUUGAACGAAAUGAGCAGUUUGGAGUCGAAGGAUCUUUCAGAAAGUUAACUCUGGAUUGAUAUCAUGACAUAUAUAUUGAUUUGAUUGCCAAUUUUAUUGAUAGAAUAUUUAUUAUAUUUAUUUACUGAUUGUCCCACAUUCAAUAUCGAAUAAAAUUUGGGUUCAGAAUA